AAAAAUAUAUAGAAAAUACAUGUAAGAAGUGACGGUUAAUAUGACGGUAUGAAUUAUAAAUAAAAUUAAAAAUGGAAUCGAAGUCAGAGCCACUCGAUUUGAACAAUAUCAGCUGGUCCGUGUAAACAAACCUCGAAAGACGGACCUUGGAAUUCAGGAAAAACUCCAGAAAAAAAGAAAGAAAAUAGAUCCAGGGGAUAUAGACCCUAUAAAAGAAGAAAGAAGAAGAAGAAGAAGACUCCAGUUAAACAUUAAAAUCGAGACAAACGAAGAAGAUAAAACCACCAAACACCAAAACAACAAGUCCUCAAGUCCCUCGCGGCGUAGAUAAUACAAACGCCACGAGACGAUAAGACCAGACAGCGAAGAGAGAAACCAAACAAAAAAAGUAAAAAAAAAAAAAGACCAGACAGCGCUACCCCAAGUAGACAAAAGCAAGCAAAAUGUCUCGCCAGCUCGUCGCCUGCAUGCUAAACGUCUCAGAAGCGAGGAGGAAGGACGUCGUGGAGAAGAUCGCGAAGGAGGCCCUGGCAGCCGUGAAUCCGCCAAGGGCCAAGCCGGUUUCCCCGGACUGGGCUCUCAACGCCACGGCCCUCAAUAUAUUCCGGGACGUCGACUACAACAGAUCGGUUAUUACCUUGGUUUCCAGUGAGGAUUGUAUAGGCCCUUGUGUAGAAGCAGCGUGCGCAAAGGCCUACGAGCUGAUAGACCUGAGUCACCACGAGGGCGUCCAUCCGCGGCUGGGCGCUGUGGACCUCGUGCCUCUCCACCCCAUUUCCGAGGGCGUUUCUCUCCCUAAACUCGGCCAGGUUGCACGGGGAGUGGCAGAGCGCCUGGCGAGCACCGUCCCCGGCACCUCCUUCUUCCUCUUCGGCGCCGGGGAUCCUGCAGGCCGCGGGCUGGUGGCGAGGAGGAAGGAGGUAGGAUGGUUCCGGCGACCUGUGACCUACCACGCCCUCGUGCAUGACGUCGGAGGAACGCCCGCCGAGAGAUAUGGGCUCACGGGCGUGGGCGCCAUUCCCUUCAUGCUGAACGUGAACGUAACCCUCGACUCGGCGGACGUGGCCCUCGGGCGCCGCGUGGCCAGCGCUCUCAGGGCCACCUCGCCCGGGGGACUGCCAGGAGUGCAGUCCAUGGCCUUCCCACACGAGGGCCGAGUGGAGGUUGCAUGCAAUGUUGACCUGCUGCCUGCAAGUGAGGCGCCUGCAAACCAUUCGAUGAAACCCUCCCUGGGUGGGCAGUUCUUCUACACGCCCCCGGAGCAGAUCGAGGCGCGGGUGCUGGAGGAGGCGGGCGGCGUGGGCGUGGUCGGGACGGCGCUGGUUGGAUUCAGUCCGGAGGAGGCGCGCGGGCUGGCCCUGCACGCCCUCGCCCGCGCCCACGACGAGGCCUGGAGGGACGUCGGGUGGAGCAGGAAGAUGUGAUUCUGACCUUCUCGUGGAGGAGGAGGAGAAGGAGGAGGCGUUGGGUCUUCUCUUCUCUUUUCUCUCUCUCCCUUUUUCUCUCUUUGUCUGGGUUCCUCUCUUUCUCUUCUCCUCUGUAUCUCUGUUUCUGUAUAUUUCUCUGCCUGUCUCUGUCUCUCACUCUGUAUUUUAUUCUCUCUCUCUCUCUUUUCCUCUUCGCCCCUCUCUUUUGUUCUCCUUCUCUCUCUCUCUCCUCUCUUUCUCUCUCUCUUUUCCUUCUCUUCUUGCCUGUGUCUCUGUCUCUGUAUUUUUCACUGCUUGUCUCUGUCUCUCACUCAUUUUCCUCUCCUUCUCUUUAUCUCCCUCUCUCUCUCUCUCCCUCCCCCCCCCCCUCUCUCUCUCUCUCUCUCUCUCUCUCUCUCUCUCUCUCUCUCUCUCUCUCCCGUUCCACCCCCAUGUCUCGAAUAUUUUUUUUUCAAUGGUCGUAAAUCAAGUCCUUGGUUGUUUUUCUCCUGUGAUUUUCGGAAUAUCCAAACAUUCUUCUUCUUUUGCCAGGGAUAAUAAACGAGCAAAGUUGAGUUUUCCGUUCUCCUUCCCUUCCUUUCCCCCCCCGACCUUUUCUCCUCUUUAUUCCUUUCUUUUUUUUCCUUUUUUGUUUCUCCCCAUUUCCCCUUCGUCUGGUCUUCCUUUCUCAAAUCUUAAAACUAUCUUCUUAUCCCCUUGCCUUUUAUUCUCCUCUCUCUCCCCUUUCCCUCUUCCCUCUUUCGCCACUCGCCCUUCACUCCCCCUUCACCUCGACUUUCUAGUUCCACCUUCUCCCCUCUUCCCCUUGGUCCUAUUCUCUCUUUCUUCCCCUCUUCUACCCUCUCUUCCCCUUCUCCUAUUCGUUUUCUAUCCCUUCUCUCCCUCCCGCCUUUGCCCUUUCUCCCACUACACUCUCUUUCUCUUCUCCCUCUCCAUAUUUUCUCCUUCAUUUCCAUCUCUCUCUUUCCCUCCUUCUCCUCUCGCCUCUGUCUCCUUCCUCUCUUCUCUACUCCCUCUCCCUCUCCUUCUUUCCUCUUUUCCUCUUCUCUAACUUCUCUCCCUCCCCCCUCUCUCCUCUUCUCUACCUCCACUUUCCCUUCUUCUCUACGCAAUCUCCCUUUCCCCUCUCCCCUUCCCCCCUUCCCCUCUCCCCCUUUACCACUGUUAUAUUGCUCGUCACAACUUUCCAAACUACACCAUCUCCUCACUUGUGACCUUCCUUGCUCUGCCAUAUUGUCAUGUUUAUUUUGGUGCAAUAAAUGGUUUGCCUUU